AUGGCUUCGGAUGCCAUCGCGAGCACGUCGACACCCAUGUCGACCACCACUACCACCACCAUCCCCCGUAACCCCUCGAUGGGCUCCCUCAGCUCCCUCGUCAGCUUCUCCUACCAUCCGAACGGCGACAAGACGCACUCGCACUCGCUGAUCACGGCCCCGUGCACCCGCUGCGGCCACGCCGAGCCCAUCCGAUCCCUCCUCGCGGUCGUCGAGAAGACGCUCAUCCGCUGCUCGACCUGUACCACACCCGCCUCCGGCUCCAUCGCGGGCGAGAUCACGGCCAUCCCCGCCCUCUCCACCAUGUCGAGCGCAUCCGAAUCGCUGCAGCAAACCUUCAUCGAUCUACAGGCAACCCUGGCCCGCCACGGCGCCGGCCUCGAGAAGUUGGAGCUCCCGCAAGCCGCCGCGAACACCGCUGUAGGAAAGGUCCGCGAGCCCAGCAAACAUCCGAUCGUUCAUGACCUUGAGGACCUGAGGCAGUUCACAUCCGCCGUGACGAGGCUGAUGCGGACACUGCACGAGAAGUCGUCGAGGCUGGAUGCUGAGGAGAGGGCGUUGCGCGCUGAGAGGGAGGAGGUUGCCAUUGAGCGCGCUGAGUUGGCGAGGCUCAGGGAGACCUUGGAAGACGAUGUUGGUGGAGACGGGGCCGUGUCUAGGGGACGUAUUUCAAAGAGCAUCGACUUUUUAGACGACGUUCGAGAUAAAGACGGAAAAUCCAUGGCCCUCUCCCGCACCAUGUCCUUCGCCACGAUCGAUUACGACCCAGAGCUCAUCUGGGACGACGAGAAGGAGCGGGAGCUUGCGGACCUGGAGCGGCGCCUCGUGCUCGCCAACCGGAACUGGAGUCCCAAGCAGGAGGACCUCCUCCCGCAGGUCGAGCAGCUGCGCGAAGAACGGCGCAAGGCGAAGAAACACGGCCGCUACCACGUCGGCGGCGCCAACGCCAACAUGGAAAACUCCCCCUCGCGCACAACGUCGAUCCGUACGCAGGACCGCCAGAAACGUAGUAGCUUCUCGGGCGCUUUCAGCCGCAGGAUGGAUGAGAAGGCGGCCGUCAAGAAUCGCCGCGGCUCGGCGGGGGAUGCGGCCGAGAAGGCGGGCGAGAAGGCACGCGUGGGGUCGGGCUCGGGCUCGGGCUCGGGCGCCGGGAAUAGGCUUAUGAGGUUCUUUUCCGGGUCUAAGAGAUCGGAGUGA